AUGGCUAAUUGGAGUUUAAAAAAGUAUUUAGAAUUGGCCAAGGGCUUCUAAGGACGUGCCAGAAAUACUUCCAAAAUAAUGAUGAACAGAGUAUAAAAAUCCUUGCAAUAUGCCUAUGUGAGUAGAAGACUUAGACCAAGAAUUCUAAGACGUGAGUGGAUUUAGGCCAUCAAUGCUGGAGUGAGGGAACACAGAAUAAGUUACAGUCAAUUUAUUUUCGGAUUAAACCAUUCUAACAUAUAAUUAGAUAGAAAAAUUCUAGCUAAUCUUGCCAUCAAUGAACCAUUUUCCUUUAAAACUGUUGUGGAUGAAGUCAAAAUAUAAAACAGCAUGAAAGAAAAACCUUAUGAUAAUGUGUCACUUGACUAAGCAUAUGAAAAAGGCUUAAUUGCUAACAAUGUGACUCAAACUUGGUUUAAGAGAGGUAUAAAGGAGGGACAUAAAUUGUAUGGAUUAAAAUAAGAAUUAACUCCAGAAGAACUCAAGAAAAUAGAAAAAGGCGAAUGA